AUCAGUACAAGGAUCAGAUAAAGGAGAGAGAGACAGAGAGAGAGAGAGACGUAGGCGUGACAUCAGCGUGUCUCUUCUGUUCGUGUCUCCUGCGUGAACGUGGACAGGCGAUGUCCUGCGCUUCGUAACCUUUCCCAUCAGGCCCAGCGGGGACUGGCGGACUCACGCCCCGCGUGCACGGCAGGCCUCACGCACGGACCCUCCGUCGGCAAACAUCAACGGCAGUGAGCCCCCAUUGUGGCCGGUGGGCAUGGUUUUGGAGGGUAGCUCGGAGGCGCUGUGUCCCCCCCCAUCUCUGGAGCUGCGCCCGUCCUGCAACAAGAGCCAGCCCUCGCCUCCUCUGGGCUCCAGCUCCCAACCCCACGACGGCGUCUUCCCUGAGGACAAGGAGCCCAUCAAGUACGGCGAGCUCAUCGUCCUCGGACACAAUGGCUCACUGGCCAAUGGGGACAAAGGUCGCAGAAGAAGCCGCCUGGCCCUCUAUAAGAGACCCAAAGCCAACGGGGUCAAACCCGAUGUCAUUCACAAUGUCUCGACCCCUCUGGUGUCAAAGGCACUCAGCAACAAAAGCCAGCACAGCAUCUCUUAUACACUGUCAAGGAGCCACUCGGUCAUUGUGGAGUACACCCACGACACCAACACGGAUAUGUUCCAGAUCGGCCGCUCCACAGAGAGCAUGAUUGACUUCGUAGUGACUGACACCGUGGGUGGCAGCAGCGGGCAAGGUGGGGGUAUGGCAGGGGAAAACGGCAGUGGGGGCCAGUCCGCUCAGAGCACCAUUUCCCGCUACGCCUGCCGCAUCAUGUGCGAGCGCAGUGCUCCCUACACGGCUCGUAUCUACGCCGCCGGCUUCGACUCUUCCAAGAACAUCUUCCUCGGGGAGCGGGCCGCCAAGUGGAGGACGUCGGACGGCUUGAUGGACGGCCUGACCACCAAUGGGGUGUUGGUGAUGCACCCAGCAGGGGAGUUUGUGUCCGAGCCGGCACCGGGGGUCUGGAGGGAAAUCUCAGUUUGCGGCAACGUGUUUGCCCUGAGGGAGACCCGCUCCGCCCAGCAGAGGGGGAAACUGGUGGAAAACGAGUCCAACACCCUCCAGGACGGCUCUUUGAUUGACCUGUGUGGAGCCACCUUGUUGUGGCGGACUCCCGCCGGAUUGCGCCACACCCCCACCCUCAAACAGUUGGAGUCGCUUCGCCAGGAGUUGAAUGCAGCCCGACCUCAGUGUCCCGUGGGCUUUAACACUCUGGCCUUCCCCAGCCUGGCUCAACGUGAGAUCGUCGACAAGAAGCAGCCGUGGGUUUACGUCAACUGCGGCCACGUUCACGGAUACCACAACUGGGGGUACCGCAAGGAGAAAGGGCCUGCGGGCCUGGGGGGUACGGCGCCAGCCAGCACCGGGGAGCGGGAGUGCCCCAUGUGCCGGCGAGUUGGGCCUUAUGUGCCGCUGUGGUUGGGCUGUGAGGGAGGAUUGUACCUGGAUGCCGGGCCACCCACUCAUGCUUGUCCCUGCGGCCACGUAUGCUCAGAAAAGACAGUUGUGGGGUGGAGCCAGAUCCCGUUACCCCACGGCACCCAUGCCUUCCAUGCUGCCUGCCCCUUCUGUGGUACCUGGUUAACAGGGGAGCAGGGCCAUAUCAAACUCAUCUUCCAGGGCCCCGUCGACUGAAUCCCACACCCGGGGACCAGCCGGAACCAAGGGAUGAUGGAACUACUGGGGGACGUCGGUGCAAGAACACUAAGGCACUGGUGGCACCAAGGACAAGAAACUGUUGAAAUGUAGAACUGAAAAUGACAAACCAUGAGAUGCCAAGUGAUUAUUAAGGCGAUAGAUGUAAAUAAAUUGUGUUGAAGGAA